CUCAGCAGUAAUCGCACGGCCUUGCAGCCUCUACUCAGCCAGCCAUGUCAGUCCUGCGCGAUGAAGAAGACAAUCCUAUGAAGCUACCUGAAUCGCUGCUCUCUGCACCCGCAGAACAGAUCUCGCCGUCGUCCAACACCGCUCAAGGCAUCCCGUUUUCUCCUUCGAGCUCUCCGCCGGCGUACUUUGUCGAGCCCGACGCGCCGCCCCCUGGAGCAAGCCCGGCCCCAAAGCAGUCCCGCCGACGUAGGGCUCAUCAGAGCACCGAAAACAUUUCGGAUCUUCUUUCAGACUCGCCGUCAGUGCCAGAACAGCCCAGCGUAUUGAAGGCGGACGUGAGCAACAUCCCCGGAUCCAAGCUCGAGAGCUCCGCCUUCAAGGGCUGGGGCGAGGGGACUGAGAGCAUGGGCCGCCGACCGAGCAACCGUCUCUCGGAGUCGCAAGCCGAAACAGUGCGCAAGUCCAGAGGCGACAUUGACGACGAGAAGGAGUCGAGAUGGCAGAACAACCAGACCGAUGAAGUGACCGUCAUCAUCCCGGACUUGAACGACGUCGAGGACGACGAGUUCUUGACAACAAUGGCGUCUGCACCUGCAGUCAAGACAAACGCCGUCAAGACCAUCAACGAGCUCGACAACGAACUGUCGCUGACGAUGAUGGGCAACAUGUAUGAGGGAUUGGACCUCAAAGGCAUCGACCUCUCGCUCCUGGCCACUCGUGCACUGUGCACUCCACAGGAUGUGAUCGAGCACGAUACCCACUGGGACUGGGAUGUGCUCUUCACCGAAAUUGCGACUCAGAUGGAGCAAAUCGAUAUGACCGCUUCGGCUGCGGAGGCUGUGUCGGAGACAUCCAAGGGAGCAUCCAAGGCGCGCGAAUCGACGGCCAAGGACGCCGCAAACUCGGACGCCAAAGCACGGGCUCCAGUCGAGCUCCUCUAGAGCCCAUCCCAGCCCAUCUGCUGGUUCACUGACGCUCUUUCCAUCAAAUCGAUAGCGCCAAACAGCACCGA